AGUUCCCCUUCCUGUGGGGCCGUUGAUAUGACAAAUCUGUGACUGGGAGAACCAGCCUUCGUGUGACCACACCCUGUGUGUCUGUCUGUCUUGCCGGGCGCCGUGGUCUCCUCCAUCUGCACAGCCGGGGCCAGAAGGAGGAGAAGCCAUGACCACCACCUUCAUGGCCCUGUUCUACCUUGGACUGAGUGUGAACCUGAGGACACCAGUGCAUGCAGGGACCCUCCCCAAACCCACCGUCUGGGCUGAGCCAGGGUCUGUGGUCACCUGGUGGAUGCAAGUGACCAUCUGGUGUCAGGGGGCCCUGGAGGCCAAGGAGUACUGUCUGGAUAAAGAGGGAAGUGCAUCACCAUGGAGCAGACAGAGCCAAUGGGAACCUGGGAACAAGGUCAAUUUCUCCAUUCCACAGAUGACAGAUCUGUAUGCAGGACAAUAUCGCUGUUACUAUCACAGCCUCACAGAACAGUCAGAUCCCAGUGACCCCCUGAAGCUGGUGGUGACAGGAGUCUACAGCAAACCCUCCCUCUCAGCCCUGCCGAGCCCUGUGGUGACCUCAGGAGGGAAUGUGACCCUUCAGUGUGGUUCAUGGCUGGGAUUUGACAGGUUUAUUCUGGCUAAAGAAGGAGAACACCAGCCCUCCUGGACCCUGGACUCACAGCGACACCCCAGUGGGCAGCCCCAGCCCCUUUUCCCUGUGGGCCCCGUGACCCCCAGCCUCAGGUGGACGUUCAGAUGCUAUGGAUAUAACAGGAAGUACCCUGAGGUGUGGUCGGUCCCCAGUGACCCCCUGGAGCUUCUGGUCUCAGCAGUUUUCAGAGUUCUUCCAGAGAGAGGAUGAGGAUGAAGAUGAGUGUGGGAAUAAUGAAGAUGAUGGAGCCUCCCUCCUCUGUGCUGUCAUCCCUGGCCUGUCUCAAGUACACCAAGCCCCUGAAUCUCAGUUCCCUCAUCUCCUCUGGACUCUCCCUACAUCCCACGGACAUGACUUUACUCCUUAAUGAAGAAAAGACUGAGUUUUUUCUGGGGACCUUCUCGUCCUGCAGCCUGUGACACUCCUCAUCUGGGUCUCCAUGAGGCUCCUCUCAGACUCCUUGUCUUACUGAGGAAUAAAUUUAAAUAUCAAUUCCAAGUGUGACCUUGACUAAGACGCUGUUCAGAACUGAUCUCAAUAGAUAGAUCCACAUAGAAUCAUAGAUCCACAUAGACUCCACUCUAAGAAAACAGAAACGCAGUUUUAUGUCCCACUGAACUAACGUCACCAUUUAGAAAAUAUAUAUAUGCAUAUGGUGUGUGUGUGUGUGUGUGUGUGUGUGUGUAUCCCACUGUAAGUAUAUCCAACUGUAUGAAGAAUGAAUUAAUGAAAGAAUGAAUGGAUGAUGAAUUUCCAGGUGAAGACUAAAAUGUAGACCCCGGAAGGAAGGAACUGGUUGACAUGGCGUGAAGGGGACCAGCCGCUGAUUUCUAGCCCUCUGUGCUAAUGACAUUGAGGAUCCUCUGACACCAACCCCUCAUCCAUGGAUCCUGGGGCCUCAGUUGUUGAAGAAAUAGAAGGUCUCAUAUCUAGAAGGGUUAUCUUACAUGCUCCAUAUCCCAGAAUGAACAGGGAGCAUAAAAGAACUCAGUUAUUUCUGUAUUGGGAGACCAUGAGCUCUUGCGGCACACCAAAACUCUGUUCCUAACGACUCAGAAGCAAACUUGAAAUUCAAAAAACAAAAGGAGACUGAAAGAAUCCAAUGAGAAUAGAAGGAACCCUUCUACAGCAGAGACAGAAUAAAUUAGGGGACUGCAUAACAGUGAUGUCAUGAGAAACAGAGGGAAUUAUAAGAACACAGAGCCCAGGGGGAAGGCUUGAGUUUCAUCAACUCCUCAUCUAUCCCCAAUUUUUUUUUUUU